AUGACGGAAAAUAUCUUGACAGAUUCUAAGUUCAAGAAAAUUCAGCGAUUAAACUCUCCACAGAAUCCCAAUAGAAGGUCGUCAAUUACACAAGAUACUGGAUCCUAUAAGAAUUUUGACCUAGAUGCCACAACUGUCUCCGAGGACACCAAUACUAGUGUCACUGAAUUGGAGCCUCCAUUGAAGUAUUCUUCUGAUAUAAAGCAUUCAAAAUCUCAGCAGGAGCUUUUCGAGAAACAUGUUAUGGAGAUCAAGCAACGCUACAAAUUGAGAUAUCGUGCAAUUAAUACUGCAAAUCAAACAAAAGAUGUGAUCUCCUAUUUCGAAGAUGUCAAUUUCGAACUACGGCCUAGUAUUCUAGAUGGUGCGGUCAAUGAGCCCUUCCAAUUACACUUUGAAGGUCCUACAAUGGAAAGACAAAUUAGAACAAAAGAACGUGCCAAAAUUAAGAAGUUAAAAAGAAAAUAUACUAAUUCGACACCUCUUAAUUCAUCUCCAUCAUCUUCGGAUGUAGAACAAGAGGAGAUCAUUGAUACGAAAGUUACGGCCAGCUUCUCGGGCCUUUACGUUGUUCUUUGGAUGAUGAUUGGGUUCGGUGUGCUAAAGACAAUUGUAGACUAUUAUGGACAAACCAACCGUUCUUUGAAAGAAUGGGCUAUAGUAGAAAUUAUGCUGACGGAUCUGAUAGUGAUUGCAGCUGCGGAUUUAGUAAUGUAUUUGGCGAUUUACUUUGGAUUCAUUAUUCAUUGGCUUUGUAAAAAUAAUGUACUGAGUUGGAAUAGGUCUGGUUGGAAAUUGGUCAGUCUUUACGAGGUUGCAUACCUCUGCUUCUUUAUUUACUUACCAGAACACGUUUUAAAUCUCCAUUGGAUAGGGAAAAUUUUCCUAUUCCUACAUUCUUUGGUACUUCUAAUGAAACUUCAUUCGUUUUCAUUUUAUAAUGGAUAUUUGUGGUCCAUUCAUGAAGAACUACAAUAUUCCAAAAACGCUUUACAGAAGCUAAAAGAUAGUCAUGAUGAAGCUUCUGAACAAAAAGAUGAAAUCAUUGAAACAUUGACAAAAUCGAUAGAUUUUUGUAAUUUUGAAAUCAAUUCACAAUCAAUUUUGGAGAAAUUUCCCCAAAAUAUCAAUAUUAAAAAUUUCUUUAUGUUUACCAUGUUCCCAACAGUGGUCUAUCAAAUAGAAUAUCCAAGAACGAAAAAAAUUAGAUGGGAUUACGUUGUGGAAAAAAUAGUCGCAAUAUUUGGUACUAUCUUUAUUAUGGUUGUAAAUGCACAAGUUUUUAUGUAUCCUGUUGCCAUUAGAUGUUUGGCCGUCAGAAACUCACCUUGGACAUCUGUGCUUGACAGAUUUUCUAAAUGGGUCGGACUGAUGAUUGAUAUUGUACCCAGUUUCAUUGUCAUGUAUUUAUUAGUCUUCUAUCUAAUAUGGGACGCUAUUUUGAAUUGUAUUGCUGAAUUAACAUUGUUCGGGGACAGAUACUUUUAUGGGGACUGGUGGAACUGUGUGACAUGGGCUGAAUUCUCGAGAAUUUGGAAUGUUCCUGUUCACAAAUUUUUACUAAGACAUGUCUAUCACAGUUCUAUUAGUUCAAUGAAGUUGUCAAAGUCUCAAGCAACUUUUAUGACAUUUUGUAUUAGUUCGGUCGUUCAUGAAUUGGCAAUGUAUGUCAUCUUUAAAAGAUUGAGGUUUUACUUAUUCUUUUUCCAGAUGCUCCAAUUACCAUUAGUUUCAUUGACCAACACCAAAUUCCUAAAAAAGAAGACCGUUUUUGGUAACGUAGUUUUUUGGUUAGGUAUUUGCACUGGCCCAAGUGUCAUGUGCACAUUAUAUCUAACAAUUUAG